GGGGCGGGGCCGGGCGGGGGCGCAGCGGCCGUGGCGCAGGACCGGCUCCGCGCCGCGCACCUUCUCCCGCUCCUCGUCGUCGUCGUCGUCGUCUUCUUCGUCUUCUUCCUGCGGCUGCUGAUCAUGGCGCUGCUGAAGGCCGUGUGCGUCCUCAAGGGCGAUGGCCCCGUGCACGGGAUCAUUAAGUUCGAGCAGAAGGGUGACGGGCCCGUGACGGUCUCGGGAAAGAUCGAAGGACUGGCCGAGGGAGAGCACGGGUUCCACGUCCACGAGUUCGGAGACAACACGGAAGGCUGUACCAGCGCCGGCCCCCACUUCAACCCCGAAUCUAAGAGACACGGUGGCCCGACAGACCAGGAGAGGCACGUCGGAGACCUGGGCAACGUGACGGCCGACAAGGGAGGCGUGGCCCCCGUCUCCAUCCAGGACUCGUCCAUCUCCCUGUCGGGACCAAAGUCCAUCGUCGGCCGCACGAUGGUGGUCCACGAGAAGAGGGACGACCUGGGCAGGGGGGGAAACGAGGAGAGCACCAAAACGGGCAACGCGGGCAGCCGCCUGGCGUGUGGCGUGAUCGGAAUUACUCGCUGAACCCACGGACCCCAGCUCUCGCCCCGACCUCACGGGGGCGGGGGGGGGCCCCUCGGGAACACGACGCGUAAGAUGUUCGUCGGACCCGGCGGGGGACGCGUGACGGGGACCGGGCGGAAACAUUAAACACGUCGCAGUAACCGUGAA